CCAGAAUCACAAGGAAGAACCUAAUGUACGUGUCCGUCUUACUGACUGCAGCCUUUCUACUGGGAUUUUUAUUUACUGACCCUUUGAACCUUCCGUUGUAUCACUGGAGACCUCCGUGUACCUGCUGUGAUCGUAGACUGACCACUGAUACUAUUACACCACUGCGAGACAACCGGACAUUUAUCAUAGCUCCAUACUCUGACAAUCGAAUACACAAUAACCGCGCAGUCCGUAUCCUCAGCAUUAUUCACCAUAAAGAGGUAAAGGAUCUAUACUGCUGGUUUUGUUGUACCGUAAACAAAUCUGUGGAGGUUUCCCAGGCACAGAUAGACAUACACACUGAUAAUGGUGGCUUCUCCUACCGCACAACGGACCUGGUCUGUAUGGAACCACCAGGCUGCCAUACCAAGUACCUAUCUGUCCAUACAUCUCCUACAGGAAACAGGACACAUUUACCCCUGUUUCAAAUACAAAAUCAGGACAUGAGACAAUUUUCCGCCAACUUCACGGUCUGCAUUUCCACCAUGUUUGGGAAUUACAGUAACGUCUUACAGUUCAUACAGACCAUGGAGAUGUACCGGAUACUGGGGGCUCAACGGGUCAUGAUCUACCUUAAUAACUGCAGCCCACAGUUGGGAAAAGUAAUUCAGUACUACACUGCAGAAGGUAUUGUAGAGGUGAUACCAUGGCCAAUUCAGCAGUACCUGAGACCAUCUAGAUCAUGGCGCUAUUCUGUACAUGCAAUGGAUAUUGGGUAUUAUGGUCAGGUGACAACACUUAAUGACUGCAUCUAUCGGAACAUGUACCGGAGUAAGUUUGUUCUGCUUAAUGAUAUUGAUGAAAUAAUUCUGCCAAUCAAACACCAGACAUGGGACAGCCUGAUGGAAAGUCUCCAGCAGCAGAACCCAGGAGUUGGGGUUUUUCUAUUUGAAAAUCACAUUUUUCCACAAACCAUCACCACUGAUGGAAACUUCUCCAACAUUUCAUCUUGGAAGAGUUUGCCGGGAUACAAUAUACUGCAGUACGUUCACCGCGAGCCAGACAGACCGGACUAUUUCAAUGCCCGGAAAAUGAUUGUGGAUCCGAGGAAGGUCAUUCAAACAUCUGUACACUCUGUUCUAAAAUCUAUUGGGGGUUCCAAACAAGUCUCUCUGGAGGCGGCACUGGUUUACCACUGCAGAACACCUCUUCAGAAGAAGUUAUUAAAGACAUCUUUAAUUGAAGAUAAAACUAUUUGGAGAUAUAAUGCUUCAUUGAUUCCAAAUGUUAAUACUGUCCUGAGCCAAGUAGACUUACAGAAAUAAUAACCCAAGGAAAUGGUCAUUAAGGUCAGAUUAUU